AUGAAUGCAAUCUAUUUUCUCUCUAAUGCGCUUCCGGUCCCCGAAGAGACCCAAGUCAAGGAGGAAGCUUCAGUAAUAGAGGAAGAACCCGUUGAAAAGGUAGAUACUGAUAAAGAUGUAAGCAUUUCCACCAAUAGGAUACUAGCUAGAUGGCUAUGGUCUAUUCUAAUAUUUCUACCAUACUACCUAUUAAUAAAGCCGAUUAGUACAAUAUGGUACGUUAUAACAUUUCCCUUGAAUUUGAUGGAAACAAACACAAAGGACAAAAGGCGAUUGAAAGGAGAUAUGAACACGGAAUCGCGUGGCCACGAUGGGAACGAAGAACUCUCAAACACAUAUAAGAUGAAACAGAAGUCUUCAAAGUAUCACAUUGAAGAUGAUCUUUCCCCUAACGAUGAGAUUAUUAUUAAUGAAGACAAGAUGAAACCUAAGCCGAUAUCUGAGACACUAGGGAAAUUCCACUUCCCAAAAAAACUAGUUCCUCAAUCCAUGUUGCUAUCUUCAAGUAGGAAACUAUUGAUUUUAGACCUUGACGAAACUUUAAUUCAUUCCAUGUCCAGCAGCAGAUCCAGCAGUGGACCUAAUUCUUCAACAUCGCUUGGCGAUAAGAACCCCGGUGCAACGACGCCGAUAGUGCAUUAUGUCGAGGUUCGUUUCCCACAGACUAAUAUAACAUCGUUAUACAACGUUGCAAAGAGACCAUACUGUGAUAUGUUUCUACAGCAUACCAGCCAAUGGUACGAUAUUGCGAUCUUUACUGCAUCAAUGAAGGAAUAUGCAGACCCAGUUAUCGAUUGGUUAGAACAAACAUGUUCGAUAGAUAUUAAGUACAGGUGGUACAGAGACCACUGCACACUACGGCCGGGCGUCGGGUACGUCAAGGAUAUCGGCACCGUGGUGAAUCAGAUAGAAACACGAGAACUUUCUCAGAUGAUCAUCAUAGACAAUAGCCCUAUAAGCUACGCUAUGCAUCUAGACAACGCUAUUCAGGUGCACGGUUGGAUUAACGACCCCAGCGACUGCGAACUCCUGCACUUAUUACCUCUACUAAAAGCCAUGCGUCACGUGACCGACUCACGUUGCAUCCUUGCCCUUAAAUCAGGACGCGCAUCCAUAUCCACGUGA